GCGAGCAUGGCUGGAGACGCCGUCAGGCUGCUCUCCCUGAGCGGUCUGUUCCCUAUUUACAAACCGAAAGGACCCACCUCGGCGCAGGUCCUGAACCAACUGAAGGGGCAACUGCUGAAAGAAGCCGGCCUCAAGGAAUAUGUGAAGAAAAGAAAGCAGACCCUUAAAAUAGGGCACGGGGGGACCCUGGACAGCUCGGCAUCCGGCGUGCUGGUGGUGGGUAUCGGUGAGGGCACGAAAAUGCUGAGCUCGAUGCUGACCGGGUCCAAGAAAUACACAACGGUCGCUGAGCUGGGAAAAGCCACGGACACCUUGGAUGCGUCUGGAGCCGUGACGGCAGAGAAACCCUACGAUCACGUAACGAAAGAGGAUUUGGAGAAAGUGCUUCCGUCUUUCACCGGGGAAAUCCUGCAAAUCCCUCCGCUCUUCUCUGCCCUGAAGAAGGAUGGGAAGAGACUUUCCUGUCUGGUGCGAGAAGGUGCCGAGGUGGAAGCGAAGCCGGCCAGACCAGUGACUGUCCACCAGCUGACGCUCACCGAUUUCCAGCCUCCCUUUUUCACACUUGAUGUUGAAUGCGGAGGUGGUUUUUACGUCAGGAGUCUGGUCAGAGAUAUCGGUGAAGCUUUGUCGAGCUGCGCCAGCGUCAAGGAGCUGAUCCGCACCAAGCAGGGGCCGUUCACGCUGGAUGAACAUGCGCUGAAGGAGGAAAAGUGGAACAUCUCUUCCAUCGCGCAGGCGCUACAGGAUUCCGGACACCUCCUUCCCGCGCAGCCGGGGGCCAAAAGAUUAAAGACCGAAUAAGGCC